CCAAUUUCCAGUUAUCUUCCCUCCAGUCCUUCUCCAUCGGAGCUCGUCGUCGCCGGCUCACUGUAAAUCGCUGCCUUCGUUGAAUCAACAUCUCAAGGAAGCUUCUUCACAUGCGUAAAACAUCAUGGACGCGAACAAUACCUUCGAUUCUGAUCUGAUUCACGCCAUUUUCAAACACAUUUGGGCCCGAAGAUUUCGCGAAAGGGAGAGAAGCGAUGCCAUUGAUGCUACGGAAGCUGAGUUGCAGGUUGCCCUGGGAACAACCAAGAAGAACAGACUUGCUUCUGCCAACGCAAAUGCUUUAAAGCUCAGCUGUGAACUUCUCAAGAGUUUUGUCUCAGAGGCUGUGCAGCGCGCUGCUAUAAUCGCUGAAGCUGAAGGAAUGGACAAGAUUGAAGCUACUCAUUUAGAGAGGAUUCUUCCCCAGCUUCUUUUGGACUUUUAAAAGGCACAUAUGCAGCUGGAUACAAAUUAGGAUCUUCCUGGACAGAGGUCUCAGCAAAUGAGUUAUCCGCCUUAGGUGUGACUCGAAAUCAUCACGCUUGUAAGAAUCACCAUCACUGUUUGUUGAAUGACACACUUUGUUCACCUGACUUUUACGAAACCCUUAAAAUCACAUUUUUAUUUUUUUUUAAUAUCAGAAGUGCAAUUUUUUUAUA